UUCUUCCCCCACGGCCUCCGCCUUCUUCUCCAUGAAAGAAAAGGGACUGGAAAGAAAAAGAAGAACCAGAGGUCACGAUCCAAAAAUCAAGGAGCUGUCAUGGCAGAUCAAACAAGCUUAGGAGAAGGGCUGGUCGGAGAACUACAGCUGCAACAGGAUGGAGGAGAGUUUAUCAGGAAACAUCAUCAGGGGGUGUGCCAGCAGCAAAAAAAAGAAAAAGAAAUGAUUGAUCUCAAUGAGUUGCCUCAUGAUCUUAAUGAGCUUCCUCAUGAUAUGGAUCAACAGCAACCCAGCGUUCCACCAGGAGGUAACGUUGAUUAUGGGACAGAAAAUGUGCGCUCUGUUGACUCCACACAGCCAACCCGUGGGCCUAACCCUAUGGGCCGUGACAAUGUGGCAGGGCAGUCAUCAACCCGUGGUGCCCCUGUAGUGGUGUCUUUGCAGUCAGAGAGCCAUACUCUUGAUGACACAGGCACCGUGGCAGAUGUUGCUGGUCCAACCAGGACUGGGCUAGGAGCGGGGGUUGUUGACGGUGUUGUGCAAGGAGAAGAAGGAGAGGAUGAGGCUGGGUCUCAGCCCAUGGAACCCUAUGUUGGCAUGAGGUUUGAUAGCCUUCAAGUUGCUAAGGAUCAUUACAACAACUACGCCCUACGAAUGGGUUUCUCUGUCAAGAUGAACACCUCUAGGCGGACACCUCACACUAAUGUGUUGGUAAAACAACAGUUUUGUUGCAACAAGUACAAGAAGCCCAAAGCUAAUGAUGGAGGAGCGGAGGCUGCUCCUGUCCUGGACCCUAUACCAGAUCCAAUCGCUGUGGACGGUGAUGAGGAAAUGGAAGAUGAACCUCCAAUCUUUGCUAAAGAGGAGGCUGGUCCUAGUAAGAAAAAGAAGAAACGGAAACGCGAGACAAUAAAACAGACUCAAUGCAAGGCAAAAAUGUUGGUGAAGUUGAUAGAUGGGCGAUGGGAGGUGAUACACUUUGUUCGUGACCACAAUCAUCCGCUGGUGAACAAACCUUCGUUGACCAAAUACUUGAGAUCCCACCAAGGCAUUUCUCCGGAUGAAAAGGACUUUUUGCGCAUCUUGUAUAACUGCAACUUGACUAUAGGUGUGUUUCUAUAUCCCUUACAGUAUUAAGUUUCCCUCUAGACAGUCCAGUGUGCAACUGUUAUGGUACUUGUGUACAGCUAAAAUGUCUUAAGUGUGCAA